UCCAGCCAUGGCACCUACAAUCACUGCAGCAAUGACCAACUCUCAGGACCAUCUGACUCUGACCCACAAGCUCAGAAAGCCUCUGGUGGAGAAGUUACGCAGAGAGCGAAUCAACAGCAGCAUUGAGCAGCUCAAGUCUCUCCUGGGUCCAGAGUUCCUCAAACAGCAGCCAGACUCCAAGCUGGAGAAAGCAGACAUCCUGGAGAUGACAGUUUGCUUCCUGAGACGACUGCAGCAGCAGCGUCAAGCUGUGGAGUCAGCAGCUGUUGAUCAGGGCUACUCCAGGUGUGUCCAUGAAGUGGCGCGCUUCCUGUCCAAGGAGGAGGUGAAGACACAGUCCCAGAGAAGAUUGCUGAACCACUUCAACAAGCUGCAGUCUUCCUCUGAUAAGAACCUGAGAGAGUCUGACUUCUCUCCUCUGAGCUCCACAGUCCAGACCAGCAUCACAACAGAGAAGAGUCCCGUCAACAACAUACUGUGGAGGCCUUGGUAGACACCUGAGGACUUGUAUAAAACUGAGUGAAACAUUGUUCAAGCAGUUGUACUGAUGGACCUUUAACCUCCACUUUCUUGUGGUCAUGUUAUUGCAUAUUUUACUGCAUUUUAAUUGCCUUUUGUAAAGGUUAGAUUCAGUGUUGCUGUGAUAUUUGCAGAUAACAGGUUUUCUACUGUUUGUACUUCAAAAGUAGCCGCAUACCUCUGAUUCAAGAGUUACUCUGUGAAGUAAACGUUAUUGUUCCCAUUUGGAAUGCCUAUAUAUUGUU